AUGGAAGACGAGAGGCUCUUCGAUUUGGAGCGCCUUUACUACCUGCGAGCGUCGCUCUCGGGCCAGCCAGCAAAGCUCAUCAAGGGACUCCCUCUCACUGCUGAAUCCUUCAAGAUCGCUUGGGAUGCUCUGCUCGAGAGAUAUGAAAAUAAGCGGUUUGUGCUCGCACAGCUGCUGCAGGCCAAGAUACGCAUUCCACCGAUGCGUGUCGGCAGCGUUGGGUCGCUGAUAUAUUUGGCAACGGAGAGUCGAAAGCUCCGCAGGCUUAUUUCUGGCCUUGGCUCUGCUCAAGAGGUGCUGGAUGCCUUGUUCGUGGAUGAGCUGCUCCGAGCGUUGGAUCGACCCACCAAAGAGGCGCGGGAAACAUCGACACCUGCAAGAGCCGACUUCCUGGCGUGCGAAGCCUUGGAGGAGUUUUUGAUCGAGCGGGCCCAAGCCUUGGAGAUGGUUGAUGCUCAGUCAACCAAGAGACAAGAUAACUCAUCCACAUCUAGUAAGACUCAAUCCAAACCGAGCAAAGCUCAGCACGCUCAUACAGGUCAAACUCAUCCGCUCGGCAACACUCAACCGGGCAGCAACGCUCAGCAGAUUCGGGUUGGGACAGUAGCCCAGGUACGUGCUCCAGCUGCACAUCAUCAUCUUAGGCUUCUGAUCGAUCAAGGUUCAGAAUCAUCAUAUAUUUCGGAAGAUGCUGUGAAGCGUCUGCAGCUGACGCGCACGAAGUCCAACAUCUGUAUCCUGGGCAUUGGAGGCAACGUAGUCAGUAAAGCACUUGGUAAAGUAGAACUCAGAUUGUUUUCAUUAUAUUCAGACUCCAGCGUCGAUGUGGUGCUCCACGUCUUGCCUAGAGUAACAGCUCCACUACCAUCUUUUCAAUGUAAGACAAGAUCGUGGCUGCAUACGGAGUUUCUGGAGUUAGCUGACCCUCAAUCCUAUCUGCCACGAGACAUAGACUUGCUACUUGGCACUGACUACUAUUCAGCUAUAAUCACCUCAGAUCUGCUCAGAGGUUCUUUAUCAGAACCUAUCGCUCAACGUACACUGUUUGGUUGGAUUUUAUCGGGUUGCGUUAACCAGCCUGUUACAAAGAUUUAUCGUCAUACUCACCAUAUCGUAUCAAAAAUAGAAGAUAAACUCCAGGAAUUACUCAUCAACUUCUGGAUUCAAGAAGAGGUCCCUUCAAACACCGGAAGAUACGUGGUGAAACUUCCUCUGAAGCAAUCUCCAUCUCUGCUGGGCAACUCAGUCAACCGUGCUCGUAAAUUCUUCGAUCGCACGGUCGCCAGGCUCAAAACAGACGACAAGUACGACAAGCUCUAUACAGAUUUCAUUAAAGAAUAUUUGAGUCUUGGCCAUAUGCGACCGGUGCCUGCAGAUGAGCUCAACAUCAAGCCUCAUUUUUAUCUGCCUCAUCACGGCGCAUUAAAGGAAGAUGGAGACAACGCCAAAAUCAGGGUGGUUUUCAAUGGAUCAGCCCUUACUUCCUCUGGACAUUCACUCAACAGCAUAACUUACACGGGACCUAAUCUACUGCCCAACAUAACAGAUAUACUCUUCUGGUUACGCACAUUGAAAUGGACUUUCUCUGCGGACAUCUCCAAGAUGUAUCGUCAGAUCAAGGUUCAUCCAGACAAUUGGGAUCUUCAGCGAAUCUUCUGGCAUAGCAAAACUCACGAAGAAGCUCACUUCCGGCUCACCACAGUAACCUACGGGACCAGGCCUGCUCCAUUUCUGGCCACGCGCUCACUGCUGCAGCUGGUGAAGGAUGAAGGGCACCGUUACCCCCAGGCAGCUCGGAUUCUUACCAGCGGCAGAUAUGUGGACGAUAUUUUUGGUGAAGCGGAGACUUCAGAUGAGUUGAGCGAGCAGGCCCUCCAACUCAAGGAGCUGUGCAUGGCGGGCGGAUUGCCCCUGGCUAAGUGGCACUCAAACUCGCCAGGAUUCAGUUACUCAAACUCCAGUGAAGAAUCAGCACUCUCUCACGAUGACUGCGACGCUAAAGUACUCGGAAUGGUUUGGAAACCACUUUCAGACAAUCUCACCUUUCAGUGCACACUCAAGCCUCUUAGUCAAACUCCAACGAAGAGAACAAUUCUUUCAGAAAUAUCUCAAAUCUUCGAUCCUCUUGGAAUAGUUGCUCCAAUGAUUGUUGCAGCCAAACUCAUCAUUCAGGAAUUGUGGCUACUCAAAAUUACAUGGGAUACACCCAUACCAGAUGCUCUCGCUCAGAGGUGGCUACAAAUACGAGGUGAUCUAGCCAAACUCUCUGGAGUGACGGUUCCUAGAUGGCUUGGAGCACAUCCUUCUUCUGCAGUGGAACUCCAUAGCUUUGCUGAUGCGUCUCAGGCUGCUAUUGGUGCUGUGAUUUACCUGGUGAUGAAGUCAGACUCAGCCACGUCAAGCUCAUUCGUCUGCUCCAAGACGAAAGUAUCACCACUGAAGAGGAUGUCAAUACCAAGGUUGGAGUUAAUAGCAGCUCUCAUCCUGGCUAAACUCACUGAGUAUGUCACCGACCAACUCACACUCAAUAUCAGCAACAUUCACUCAUGGACAGAUUCGCUCUGGUGUCAUGGACCAACGUGGAUGAUACAACCCCAGGAUGGUUGGCCUCUGCAGCCAAGUGACGUCGAGGUGGAGGAUGAGACAGAGGCGCGUCAGGUGUCAGCAUUGGUGUCAUCAGUCUCAGACUCGGAGCUCCUACUCAGGCUCACUCAGUCCAGCUCCACAUUGCACAAACUCUAUCGUAUCACAGCCACCCUCUAA